AUGGGUCCUUUUCCCUCUUCAAAAGGGAAUCGUUAUAUUCUUGUCGCCGUUGAUUAUGUUUCUAAGUGGGUAGAAGCCAUUGCCACUCCUACCAAUGAUUCCAAAGUGGUUCACAAAUUAUUUAAGAAAAUUAUCUUUCCUAGAUUUGGGGUCCCUAGAGCCAUUAUUAGUGAUGGAGGAUCUCACUUUCAUGAAAAGAAGUUAGAUACCCUUCUCAAAAAGUACGGAGUCUACCAUAGGACAGGUUUAGCCUACCAUCCCCAAACUAGUAGGCAAGUAGAGGUUUCUAAUCGUGAAAUUAAAGCUAUUCUGCAAAAAGUGGUAGCAAAGUCUAGGAAAGAUUGGAGUGAUAAGUUAGAUGACACCCUUUGGGCAUAUAGAACUGCAUUUAAGACCCCUAUUGGUACUUCUCCCUAUAAACUAGUGUACGGGAAAGCAAGUCACCUCCCAGUGGAAUUAGAGUACAAGGCUUAUUGGGCAAUCAAAGAGCUUAAUUUAGAUGCUAAGUUAGCAGGAGAGAAACGGUUACUUCAACUUAACCUGUUAGAUGAGUUUAGGUUGCAGGCCUAUGAUAGAAAGUUAAAGUCAAGGUGGUCAAGUCCUUUCACUGAUAAAAGGACAAAUAAAUUCGGUUCUGUUGAAUUAUAUGAUGAUCACGGUGGUUUCUUUAAGGGUUUGUCCCAGCAUCCACCACGUGCCUCACCUCGUCCACCAUCACCUCCACAGUCUCACUAUGAGGCACCACCACCUCCACCUCAGGUACCUCGACCCCGACCCACACCAGACUCCGAGACUAUUUGGGAUCUACAGAGUAUAGGUCAGGCCAUAGGCAUGGUAGAGCAGUCCCAAGGUGACCUUAGGCAGAUGGUUGGCUCUAUUGACCAACGAUUAGGGUAUGUUGAGAGGAACCAAGGUAGAGCCCUUUUUCCUAUGUAUGAUGAUUAUGCUCGUCGGGGUGCUAUUCCCGAUGAUGUUGUUUACCCUGACUGGUACCAGCCACCACCUCAGGGAUAUAUGGAUCCCGCCUCCCAUGGUAUUUACACUGAUUAUUCCACAUUUGCCGGUUAUGGUCGAGACUUUCCCUUUGGAGGGUUAGGGGGGGAUGUUCACCCUAACUAUUUUGGUGGUAGUUCUUCUGGUGGUGCAAGUGGCAGUGGCGAUGAGUCUGGCCAGAUGGAUGAGGAUGGUGAUGAUUAG